AUGAAGUUCCAGACUUUCGUUGUUUUAUUCACGGCGGCGGCCGUCUCGGCCCACCGGUCACCGGCUAAGACAUGCAACGAUACCCCUUCUUGUAAAUCUUUGUCCGACCGCGAUGCCAAAGAAUCACAAGGACACUGGGAGGUCGUAACUUCCCUGCUCCCAGCGCACACCGUCACGAAAACCCGCACUCAACGCCAGACAACCGUGGUGGUUACUAGCACUAUUGCUCCCUCCCAGGCCACUGAAGCCGUUUCUACGACGAAAACGCAGACUGGUGAACCUGUUGCUCUGCCGGCGGUUACCAUCUCCUCAACAGUAACAGAAGUCAAUACUAUCACUACGACAGAUACGGUUACCGCUACUGAGUUCGAAACGUCUCUGGAGACUCAGAUCGAGACGGACAGAGUCACAGAGACGGUGACUAACAUGGCUACAUCAACAACCACCGUCCCCUGGCAGCGUCCAACUUGCCAGGCGCCCGCGAAGCGCGGAAUUCCUGCUGGGUCCGACAAGAAGUUGCCUGAUAAGUGUUCUUGUCUUCUCACCACUACGAAGCGCGCUGCCACAGUUACGACUACUGUUACCGCGGCCAAAGCUCCCAUCACCCGCACGGUCUACAAGACCGGAAGCCAGCAACCGGCUGUUACAAAGACAAUUACCGUCACCGAGUCUACUGCUGGACCGAGCCUGUCUGCCCCUGAAGUUACGAUCGUGGUCACUGAGGCCCUCACGCAGACCGAGGGCGCCGUCAUCACAGUUACCGAGAAGCAGACCGACACUUCUAUUACGACCACCACCCAGACAGAAACGGACACCGUCACUGCCGUAACCACCACCAUUGCUACUACAACUCGACACCCAUGCGACGACUUGGACUAUAUACUAGUGACCGACGAGUCAUGGUCGAACCGUGACGUGGUAUCAGGCUUCGUGGCCGAUUCGUGGGCGGCUAGAGACUGCUGCGUUAAUUGCUAUAUGAACAGCGAUUGUGUCUUUGCCAGAUUCGGCAAUUCACUUUGCGAGGGAUUUUUCACAAAGCGCGAUGUUACUAAUCCCUGCCAGUCGGACCAAUGCCCGAGAGGCCUCUCUGGUGUCAACGUUUCCUCAGGUGAUGGACUUGCGUAUAUUGUUGGCCCGUGUAUGGGAGGAAGAACAAAGUAG